AUGGCUCGUCACGGGCUUCUUCAUUGCAACCGAACAUGCAGAUAAUGCUUUUACCCAAUGAGUCUUUACUAUGAGGAGGAGACUAACUACAAGCACAUUUGGAAAUGUACAUUUUGCUUCAGACAUAUACCAGUAAAUUACUCGACACCACUUUGCACACUUAAUCUAAGAAGAUUUGAUAUUGCUUUAGAGUGCUGGAUUAUGAAUGCUAAGUCCAUAAGUACUGCUAAGUUAAUGACAACAUCGUCGAGUGUAAUUGGACACUCUUCGCCAGAAUAUUUCAACGUAUUUAGAAAAGUUGCAAGUCACUAUGUAGACAGUAAAAUUUUGCCAUAUUUGAUAUUACCUGGACCCAUUGAAAUUGACGAGUCUAAAACUCAAAAUAAAAAAUAUAAGGUCGCUGGUGGAACUAUAGUUGUUCGUUGGGUGUUUGGAAUGUAUUGUCGAAGUACAAAGCUAGCUGUCAUAUAUUGCAUAAAGGAUAAGACUCAUGAAACCUUGGUUGAAUGCAUGAAAAAGCACAUACCCAAAGGUGGAAUAAUAUUUUCGGAUUCUCAUAUGUCUUAUUGCAAUCUUCCAGCAGCUAGAUCAAAACUAACUUAGUAUGGAUUUUAUCACUUUUGGACUAAUCACUCAUUCAGAAUGGUGCAUGAGAAAUUUCCUUUUAACAACUCUCUAUAUGUUGAAAGAAUGUGGCGUUCUUUAAAGAUGAAUUGCUAUCAAAUUAAAUCUUCUUUUAACUAUUCAAAAGUACAGUAGCAUGCAAACUCAUUUAUGCUUAAAAGAAAAUUGAUAAGAAAAAAACUGCUUUACGACUUCAUGCUAAAGGCAACUUACGAAUACUAUCGUGAUAAAUACAAUGAAUUUCUUUAAGAAUCAAAGUAUGAUGAGUCUCUAUGCCCAAGUAUAUAUAAAAUUGACGAAAUUAUGUUAAAUUUGCAGAGUUAAAAAAGAAAUACAUUCAAUCGAAAGACCAAUUAGGCUUCAAAAAUUAUAUGCAACUGGAAUUUUUUCAUUAAUAUCGAUAUGGAAGACCUGUAUCCAUGCAAAAACGACGAAUUUUUUGAUAAAAACUUUCUUAAGUAUUAUGAAAUAGGAAUGAGCUAAAAUAAACUAGAUAAGUGGGUGUAGCGAAAAUACCAAAAAGUAAGUUUUAGACCGAGGUUCAACUCCAGAGAGAACUGGGUGCCUGUCUGGCCAUAGUUUGACACUCUAGUAACACCUGAGGAGGAAGAAUAAAAAAAUGAGAUUGAAAAGGAUCAAACAUAUGAUGAUGUCGAUGUAUGCUCUUUAAGGAGGUCCAGAGGAGAGAGAGACUAUUACAGAGCUCUUAAACUACAGUGGUAUGAAGGCCAGCUAAAUAUGUACUUGUAUGAGCAUACAGAACAAAGCAUGGAUAUGUGGCAUAGAGAUCAAAUAAAAUAUAAUACAAAGAAGUUUAAUGCAGAUGUUGAUCUGCUUGAUUUAGAGCUCUCUGAAGAUUAGACGGAGGGAAACUAAUUAGAAUGA